AUGUCUAAAAAAUAUCCAAACCUUCUCCAAGACACUGCCAUGAACUCCAAGGUCGUCACCCAGCCCGAAUGGGCCUAUUUCGAGCUGGAAUUAAUCACAGAAAACAACCGCAGCCAGGGCUCGUUGUUUGACAUUCUCACAUGGAACCGAACCAUCACCUCGGCUCUAUCAAAACUGUUUGGAAACGUCGGGGAGGCGAUCCACUUUGACAUUCUGCAUCAUUUUUUCGCCGGAAAUCGCCAGGCGUGCAUUGUCCGAGUCCCGUGCGACUAUCGAGACCGGUUCCAGGCUGCUGUGGCGGGCUUUCAGGGCUCUCUAGACUCUCUGGGAACCGACGAUCUCCAGUGUGGAAUCCACGUGGUCAGAGUGAGCAAUAGCAUGACUGGAGUCAGUGGACCCAGGAGAUUCUAA